AUGGCUGCGAAAAAAAGAGUGAAUCUAAGAGCUAAAGUGGCUUCAAAAGCUAGUAAUAAGAAACCAAUCCAACCAUCAUCAAUAGAUAAUCAACUCUCAGAGGAUCCAAAGGCCUUUUUACAUGAAUAUAAAGAAUCCAAAAGAGAAAAACAAGAUACGAGAUCAAAAGAAUUCUUGAAUCGUUUAUCUUCAAAAGAUGACAAUCUAUCAGGGAUUUCUAAAUCAAGUAUAAGACGUCGUAAAAGAAAGCAAAAAGCUGAAUUAUUACCAAAGAUGCAAGAUUUAUUAACUUCAUUAGAAGAUACUACAAGUGAUAAUAAAGAAGAGGAUAAGAGUGAUAAAUUCGCCAAUAUCAACAUCGUUGAUAGAAAGACUGGUAAUAAGUAUAUUGAACAUGUUCAAAAACGUAAAAAUUUACCAAAUCCAAAGAAUCAAAAAGGUGCAAAAGUUAUUGAAAAAAUGGAAAGAGAAAAAUUUGUUCAAGUGUUACAAGAUCCAAAUUUUAGAGCUAAUCCAUUUGCAACUUUAAGAGAAAGUAUAGCUGCUAGAUUAAAGAAUGGAACCAUAUGA